UAUUCGGUGUGGGAAGGCAACUACCUUUCUCUUGUAUUUCUCCUCCCUGUAGUAAUAGUUUCAUAUGUAUAUACAGUGUAGCCACUUCCCUACAGAAAUAUGUGAUAACAGGGCAUUUUACGUCACUAUGCACUGAAACGAUUGAGGUCGAGUCCAGAGCGACCGUAACCAUGGCAAUGACGGGCCAGUCGUCCUUCACCACCAUGAGUAAUCAUACCAAGGAGCGUGUCACCAUGGCAAAGGUGACGCUGGAGAACUUCUACAGCAACCUAAUAGCCCAGCAUGAGGAACGGGAGAUGAGGCAACAGAAGCUAGAGAAGGUCAUGGAUCAGGAAGGACUGGCUGAUGAAGAUAAGCGGAUGAGGCGUUCCCAGCAUGCCCGUAAAGAGUCAGAGUUCCUCAGGCUCAAACGCACACGACUGGGUCUCGAUGACUUCGAGUCACUGAAAGUGAUCGGCCGGGGCGCCUUUGGUGAGGUGCGUUUGGUCCAGAAGAAAGACACAGGACACGUAUAUGCCAUGAAGAUCCUUCGCAAGGCAGACAUGUUGGAGAAGGAACAGGUAGGACACAUCCGAGCAGAGAGGGAUAUCCUAGUGGAGGCAGACAGCCAGUGGGUGGUGAAGAUGUUCUACAGCUUCCAGGAUAAGAUGAACCUUUACCUCAUCAUGGAGUUCCUGCCAGGAGGAGACAUGAUGACUCUGUUAAUGAAAAAGGACACCCUCAGUGAGGAGGCCUCACAGUUCUACAUUGGGGAGACGGUGCUGGCCAUCGACUCCAUCCACCAGUUGGGUUUUAUCCACAGGGACAUCAAACCAGACAACCUGCUGCUUGACUCAAGGGGCCAUGUCAAGCUGUCGGACUUUGGGCUGUGCACUGGUCUGAAAAAAGCUCACCGCACAGAAUUCUACAGAAACCUCAGUCAUAACCUCCCCACUGAUUUCAAUUUCCAGAACAUGAACUCCAAGCGGAAAGCUGAGACAUGGAAGCGAAACCGGAGACAGCUGGCCUUCUCGACUGUGGGAACCCCUGACUACAUUGCUCCAGAGGUGUUCAUGCAGAAUGGCUACAACAAGCUUUGUGACUGGUGGAGUUUGGGGGUGAUCAUGUAUGAGAUGCUGAUUGGUUACCCUCCCUUCUGCUCUGAGACUCCUCAGGAGACGUACAGAAAGGUGAUGAACUGGCGGGAAACGCUCGUAUUCCCACCGGAGGUGCCCAUCUCAGAGAAGGCGAAAGACCUCAUCCUCAGGUUCUGCUGUGAACCAGACCACCGCAUCGGCACCAGUGGAGUGGAGGAGAUCAAGACCAAUGCCUUCUUUGAAGGGGUGGACUAUGACCACAUCAGGGAGAGACCUGCUGCCAUCCCCAUUGAAAUCAAGAGCAUAGAUGACACCUCCAACUUUGAUGAGUUCCCUGAAUCAGACAUCCUUCAACCAACAGUCGUAACCAACCACAGUGAGGCGGACCUGAAGAAUAAAGACUGGGUCUUCAUCAACUACACAUACAAGCGCUUCGAGGGCCUCACAGCCCGCGGGGCCAUUCCCUCCUACAUGAAGAGCAGCAAGAGAUAGCCCCUUCACUCUUCAAAGGACUUUUCCAGAGGACUGCUCACAGCAAUCUUCUGGAGUUUGACUCUUUCCUCUUUGCGUUCCCGGUCCUCCUCCUUAAGGGAUUUUAAAAGUUUUAAUCUUGCUUUUUAAAAACGGACUCCCUCAGAGGUCGCGACCUCUACCGGCUUGGCCUCUGCUUCCGCAGGGAGGGAAAUGGGACGGUUGUAUGACUCUCUCUCUCUCUUCCUGCUCCCUCCUCUGAUCCACUUGAUUGUUUGGACUCCGGCAGCGUGGCCACCUGCUUCUCCCACUUCAGCUCUGGAGAAGAGGGCCCUGCUGUCGGAGGCUCACUCGGAUGUCCUCUCCUCCUGCCAUCUCAGGGCUUCCACAUGCCUCUUACUCCCCCCUCAAGCUCCACUGUUUCUCCUACAUGGCUUUGCAUGAUCUCCUCUUCUUUCACCUCUCCCAACCACACCUACUAUACCUCUAUCCCUCCUCGCCUCUCCUCUUCUCUUCUCCAUCUCCUCUCUUACUCUUUCUCCUCACAUCCAUUCUACUCCUUGUGUGAGUGUUUGGGCUGCUGUAGUCUCGCGUGUGCCUCACUCUCAAUAAGGGCUACUCUCUUUCUUUCUUUCUUUCUUUCUUUCUUUCUUUCUUUCUCUCUCUCUCUCUCUCUUUAUUCUUUGUUAAACACACAUUUGUCUGCAGACACUGGAGCCUUUUUGAAUGAGUUGGACCUAUUUAAACUCCCUAACGGAGAAGCUGGAUGUGAGCUCCUCAUUUUCUCAGCUGUGAACAGCAGCAGACAGGCGUAAGGACAGUGUGUGAAACGCACCCCCUAAAGCCCAGUCACACUCAACCAAAGACCUGGGGGACGAAGACAGUUUCAGUGCCGGCAGCUUGCUGUCUGUCUCUCUCUCUGUUUUUCUGUCUGUCAGUCACUGAAUCACUCCUUUGUCAUUCCUGUGUCUGAGUGCCGUCUCUUUAGCGGGCUGUUCUCAGAUUCUGCAGCAUUCCAUCCUGUGGCACAUGUGUUUGACACAAAUCUGUAACCUCAACUUACCCAUUUCACAGGGAACACUGGCUGUCAACACUUGAGACUUUCCAUCUGCACUUGCCAUUCCCAUAACUCAAGUACAUUAGUCAAUGUACGUUAAAUGUGCCCAAGAGCGCCCACUUCAGGGCUCUGUGGGUGCUGCCGUUAAAUGAGUGGAAUGGCCAUGUUGAUGUGACUGAGUACUGUGAUUCUCAAAACUGUUUUACUCUUUCUAAACCUCUUGCAAAGUCUUAAAAACCCAGUGACUGAUAACUGGCAGCUGGGAGAAUGAAUGAUGUUUUGAGGUCAGACAAGCAUACACAACUUUGGACAUCAUCUAGAUAUGGCUCUUUCUGUCCAGCAUGCAGACACUAUUUCUGUAGGGCAAGCUAUGUAUGUAUAAUUUAAGUGCAACUUAAUUCUCCUCAACUGCAAACACUGGUUAAGAGUCACUAAUAAUGUACAGGAGAAGAGCUGGGGGGCAGUGGUUUGAGGUGUGCUCAUUUGAAUGUAGAUGUACAGACACUGGAGUCCUAUGGACUUUUGUCUCCCUUCCUGUCUUACUUGGAGAUGGUCUGCCGUCUGUCUGAUCUGGGAUUUGACCUUUUCCCCUAGAUCACUGCAGCCCUCAGUACCACCCCCCCCCCCCUCUCUCCUCCAGGGCAAUAAGGCUCUUAUCUGUAUUGAAUGCUAUGAGUGCUAGGUAGUUACAGUAGCGUAGGUUAGCAUAUCACAAUAACCCAGAGAUGCUGUUCGUUUGAGUAGAUUGACGCCUUGAGUCCAGGUCUGCCGUGAUUUAGUCUCUCGAUGCCGUCAUAUGUUCUGGAAUGUAAAAUCAGGACCAGUCAGCUGGUCGUGCGUGUGGAGCAGAGCAUGUGGUGCUUUUUUGUGAGUUUUGUGUGUAAAUAUGUGCACAGGAGCAUGUGUUGUGAUCUGUUUGAAAAAACAUUAACAGAGAGCGUGUGUGAGUGUGGGUGUGAGUGUGAUGCAUGAGCUGCACAGCUCUGAGGGGCGGUGCUUCUGCAGGAUAGGAUUCCGCCGCUGAUGCAUGCUGGGUAGAGGCUGAUUUUUAAAGCAAAUUACUUUUUUUGGGGAAAGUUUUAAAAGUUUUAUUCUUUUUUUAAAUUAUGCUGCUUGAAUAGGUUUUUUGCGUGAUUGUUCUCCCUUCCAGGCCGAAUUGCAAGUGCUAAAGCUUGUCUGCUCUACCUGUUAAAAUCGUUCGGGAUUUGGGGAUUAAGUUGGACACUGUUAAUUAGAGCUCUCCUCUCACCCUGUGGCAUCAGGCUUUCCAUUGACUCACAGAAGGGACACAGACCCAGUCAACCAGCCAGCACUGUGCUGAGUUAAACACUCAUUUUAACCAACUCAUAUUCAGUCAGCUGGAAUAACACUGUGCCACGUUACUCAAAGUGGACUUAACCAACACUGCUGCCUUAACAUUGUCAACUUGGUCAACACUGUGCUGAGUUAAACUCUCGCUGAUCCGUACAGCAUUAAAUAGCAUUGCUAGCACUAGCGAUGUGCUACAUAUACUCUUCACCCCGCCAGGAUUGCAUUAAAACCGUAAACCACCAGCACUGGAAUGAAAGUGGAGUGGUACCAGCCCAGCAUUAGACACAAUCACCAGCACUGCAUUUAAGUCAGCUUUUAGCACUGCAUUGAGCCCAAUGCACAGCCAGAAGUUCUCUUGUAUUCAUGCUGCAUAGUGGGGGCUUCACAGCAGUGGCAGUGUGGGUUUGCACUGCUGAGUGCUGGCUUGUUAUACUGGUGUUUGCGUUGAGCUCCCUGGGGUAGGGGACAUUUGUGUACCAACUGUGAGUCAGCUGAACGGCCGGUGGUCUUUGGUGCCCAGGAUUUCUCAGGAAGCGGGAGGUCUGUGUGUGAAUGCACUGUGCUACUGGUUUUUUCGUUGAAUGGGUGUGUGAGUCAGUCUGCCGGUAAGUCCGCUCAGAACUUUCUGAUGUUGGUAGACUGGCUGUGUGAAAUGACUUGCCCUGCAUGGGGUGGGGGGGGAAGUUAUUUGCCCAACUGGGUGGUUGUGUGUGGUGAUGGAUCACUGAAUGGCUAAUAUUCAAAUUAUGCACUUUUUUCAGUUAGAGAGUAGAUCUAUUGGUGAUAUUAAAAAAAGAAAACAUUUUUGCCUUUUUCUGCCCUUUUUUCUUCAUUGAUUGCUGGUAAAGAUGUAGUCAAAACCAGUUAAUGUACAGCGGAGAGACAAUGAGCAUGUACAUAGAAAGCUGCUUAUGCUGUUGGAGGCUUUUGCAAUUGCUACUGGAUGUGUAAUGUUGCUUUUGGGUUCAUGCCCUUCCUUGUUUCAGCACCUUUCUGUGGAUGGUUAACAUCUUGUUUUUAUUUUUGUGCGGAUGACCAGUUGAAAGCAAUAAAGCACCUGAUGACAUGAAACCCAA